CAGACCCCAUAACAUAGAACCUACAAUCAGGCAUCGCAAUAUCGAUCCAUCAUCUGCACAACAAUGGCAUUGCUGGAUGAGUACAGCAGCCAGGAGCUACUCCAGGCUCAGCUUCAGCUCUGGCACCAGGCCCUUGGCAUCUUCAAGCCUGUCGCGCUCGCGCUCGCCUUAGACCUCCAAAUCCCCGACACCAUCCAUCGCCUCGGUGGUGCCGCCACCCUUCCCCAGAUACUCUUAGAGGCUGGGAUCAACCCCUGUAAGCUCCACGACCUGCGUCGCAUAAUGCGUGUGCUCACCUUUUCUGGCAUCUUCAGCGUCAAACAGGCAGCAACGGUGGCGUCAGACGACAACGACAGGCAUGACGGAGAAGGUCCAGUCUACAAACUGACGACAGCGUCCCGCCUCCUCGUCAGAGACAAGAGCUUGACAACGACCCAACAACUGCCUGCUCUUAUGUACGUGCAGCUCAUGCUCUCACCUUCCCGAGAAUCCCCGCUCGGCAAGGGCCUAUAUGCAUGGUUCCGGCAGGAUCAGGAUCAGCCGCAGCCGGCGGGACUGUCCCCGUUUGCUCUGUCGUACAGCGGCCAGACAAUCUGGGAAAGAGCAGAGCGCGAUGCCACCACGUUCCCAUUUGACGACGCCAUGGCCUCGGACACAGCCUUUCUCAUGCCGAUCGUCCUCAAGGAGUGUGGCGAGGUCUUCCAUGGGCUAACCUCGCUUGUCGAUGUUGCCGGUGGGCUUGGCGGUGCCGCUACAACCAUAGCAGCGGCGUUCCCGGAUUUGAAGUGCACCGUGCUGGAUCUCCCACAAGUUGUCGCCAAAGCUCCCACUGACACCAACGUUCAGUACAUUGCCGGCGACAUGUUUCAAAGUAUUCCACCGGCGAACGCUGUGUUCCUCAAGUUAGUUCUGCACGACUGGAACGAUGAUGAGUGUGUCAAGAUACUGAAGAAUUGUAAAAAAGCAAUACCUUCACGAGAUGCCGGAGGGAAGAUAAUAAUAAUAGAUAUGGUGGUUGGAUCUGAGUCGUCAGAUCCGUCAGACAUCAAACACAUAGAGACACAGAUUUUAAAAGACCUCAUGAUGAUGAAUAUCAAUGGAGUCGAGCGAGAUGAGCAAGAGUGGAAGAAGAUCUCCUUCGAGGCGGGAUUCAAGGACUACAAAAUCAUACCACUUCUCGGUGUUCGUUCUAUUAUUGAGCUCUAUCCUUGAAAGCUUGGUGAACUAAAAACAAUCCAAAACAAUAAGAAUAUCACAACAUGUAUCGGUUGUCAUUUGUGUUUUUUACUAGCAAACAUGUUCGUGCUUUGCAACAAAAUUUAUAUCAUAUGUACAUCAUCAUCUCUUCCAGUUGAGCUACAUCCCCUCAUAUUCCAUCUUUUGUAGUACCUUUUAGAUUUACACUUCGUAUCGUGGCUGGAUGUAUGUUAUUUUAACUCGUAUAAAAGCGGGUGUGAGUUUGAAGAACAGAAAUGACUCUCAUAUCUA